AUGGCAGCUACUUCCUGGCUCAUCACCUGGCAACCAGACAAAGCUAAACACUGAGAGGACAUCUGCACAGCACAAGGGAGAGACUCAUAACACAGACCAUACAAUCACUUACACUUCUGAGCUGCGGGUAGAUAACUAACAUUAAAGGUGCACUCUUUUGUUUCCUUAGAUAACCAUGGACUCAGAGGCUGAGUGCUAUGGCCAGACCUCCAUCACAAAUCCUGCUUCAGAUUCUCAGACGAUUACCGACCACCUGCGUCAAGUGACAAGCGUCAGUUGUUGCCAAUCCAUACAUACAGAUGGUGACUAUAAAAGAAUAUUUUCAGAGAAAAUGCAACAGAGAGGAUUAAAACUGCAACAAGAAAUCUCGCAGAAAAUAAAAAUGCAAAGAGAGCAGAAGGAGAAAGUUCGAGAGGCAUCUUCAGAUUAUGCAAUGGCAAGGGAAUGGUUCAGCCAAGAUAAAUCAUCUGUGGACCCCAGAGUCUAUCUUCUUGACAGGUUAUUACCCACAGUGGUGCAGGGGGUCGAUACUCUGCUUAUGGAAGUCGAAAAGAAAAAGGUCCUUGAAGAUGAUUCAGUGAUGUUUGACCCAGUUACUUUUCUUGGAGAGUACCUCAUGAGACAUAACUCUGAGAUCUCUGCUGGUUCUGAGAAGUCUGCCUAUGUUUAUGGCUUAGAACAGGUAGUUGCGGAUCUGAAAAAUAAUGUGUUUGACUUAGAGUUCAACAGGCUAGGCCAACUGCAAGCACAAAUGAAAGAAGCCCAAGAGAACAGGGUUCAAGUGGAAAGCAUCCAGAGCCAGAUUAUGCAGAAGAGAAAGGAAGCCUUGUCCUUACAAUUCCAGGAUUGGACAUUGGAUGUUAGUGGCAGGAUCCCUCUUGCCCUGGUACAAAGUGCACUAAAAUCGUUUUUUGAAGUAAUUUCGGAACUCCCAUUACAAGCCAAAACAGUGAGCAAUACCGAACUGGAGACAGUCAAUUCUCUGGAACAGAAGCUGAAUGGAGAAGAGUUUAUAGAGUAUGUGCAUCCAGUUAUCAGUCACAUCAACACAGACUUGUUCCAGCAGUUUCUGCAGCACAUGGCACAGUGCGCUGACACGUUCCGGGAGACAGUCAUACAUGAUAUUUGGAGACAAAAGUUUUCAGAGCUCUUUCUUGCCUGUGAUUGGGGAAAGGUUGGCUUCCUAGACAGGCAAAGGGUUCUUGCUCUCUUGGAAAUGUUCUAUGAUGGUAUAACCUCUGAAGCGGAGGCGUGGCAGCCACGAAACCCUCGGCAAUGGCCAGUAAUUGAACUGGGUGAAAUGGAACCAACUGACUUCUGGGCUGAUUUCCAAGAAGAGGUUAAACCAUUGGACGAUAAUGGAAACCAGCCUAAAACUACAAUAUCAACUAUACCCAGCGGGUCUCUUCCUGAAGUAGAUGAUCACAAAGACACAAUGUCUAUGGAGGAUCCAGGUUUUACAGGUAUAACACACACAGCUGAGGAUGGACACGCCCCACAGGCUGAAGACAGCAGCAGCACCUCACACUUUAUGGAGGGCCAACCCUGGUCAGGUGAUCUACUGACUUCAGAUCUGGCUAUUAGGUACAGUUCCUAUGGGGAUAGAAGUCAGGAUGAGUGCUGUGACGCAUCCUCUAAAUUCACAGAUUUACGCACUAUCAUCUCGGAUAUCAAUAGCCGUGGUCCAUCACUCAUUCCCAGUGCUUUCAAUGGCAGUGCUCUCAACUUGCCCCAGUUUGUACAGCUGAUGGAGACAUUUGUGGGAGAGAGAGCCCCGCUUGCAGCCGUGGAGAAGCUUACCUCCUAUAUACAGAAGGAAUAUGUAGAGACGGAAGAGGAGAAAUUAGCAUUGCUAGCUAAAGUACGUCGGGGCACACUUAUUGCACAGCAGAAGCUUAUCCUCCAAGCUCUCUUUGAGAAAUGGGACAAUGAUGGGUCUGGAUUCCUGUUGCUGGAAGAGGUAGAAGCAGUCCUUGCAAAAUUCAAGGAGGGGAUGGAAGCUGAGGUCAUGAUUAAAGGAAGAGAGACUCUAACAUCUUCACAAUCUCAGCGAGGGUCAAGGAAGCUCUCAGUGUGUGAGUUCAGUAGCUAUAUCUUGGGUGUGAUCCGAGAGCUGCCAGGACUAGAAAAAGAGGUGUUUGAAAAUUUGGUGGAAUUUUUGACUUCCAGUGUAGAGCGUACACAGGCGGAAAAGCUGCGAGGAUCUUCCCGAAGGAAGUGGCUUCAACAAAUUCAGACAGUUGCUGAAACUAGUGGAGGAAGCCUUGAGUCUGUCUACAAAUCUUUGUUCCAAGUGCUUUACAAGGAUGCAGAGGCUCAUGGAAAUAACAAAAAGAUCAGUGCCAACAUUGCCCUUCUGGAGCAGAGUUCAGAAGGAGAACGGUGGACAGAGGUUCUACGUUAUGUUGCGUGUACUUCAGAGGAUGCCAUAUAUUUACUAAACAAGACACUGAACAGAGACAUGAAGGGUGUGAGCUUUGCAGCAGUGGACACUGGGGCCCCACAACAUGUUCCUCGAGUUCAGUAUCACGGAAACAUUCAGUUCUGGAAUACAGAGCGCCCUGAAGGCGACAGGAAAGGAUCCCUCAUUGUGCUGCCACUGAUAGAUGUGAACCAGCAGAUCUUUGGUACCCUCAGCAUUGACACUAUGAGAGAACCUCGUGACAGGAAUAUUUUCCUUGCUCAUGAGAUCAACUUUUACCAGGGGGUCACAAAUAUCUUUAGUUCCGCAUAUCACCAUGUCCAGAGGCAGAGACAUAUUGUACAGUUGGUGAGCAGUGCACUUGCCUGGAUCUACAGCCGUGCUCCCAACAUCCGGAUUAUCAACACCUACCUAAUGGAGCCCUGUGCAGACAAGGCGCAGGGAUAUGUCUUCCGGAACAUGAUGCACACAGAUAAUAACACAGGCGUGUGUGAUAUCUACAGCUCUCCGGCCACACUGCACCGUCGGGAUAAUCUGUUCAGGGAUUAUCUCUUUAAGUGUGCAGACAGCUCAGAGGUUAUUACUACUGAGGCCUAUGGAGAGCACCAUAUUGCGGUACCAAUCCGAGACCCAACAGGGAGAACUCUUGGAGUGUUGGACCUGAACACCGGUCACUGCAGAGAGUUACCAGCCCACGAGUAUCAGGAUUUACAGAAAAUGCUACAGAUGUUACAAGAAGCCUGUUAUGAGAUUCUGGAGGAACAACUAAUACGGGACAUGCCAAGAAAAGCUGUCUUAGAGGCAGAACAAGUGUCCAGGCAGAGGAACGUGGGAGUCCUAUUUCAUCGCUUCAUGCUGCAGGAUCUGAGGCAGUGUGUCAGCAAGCUGGACCACCAGUCCUUUGCUGAACUGAAGAGCUAUAAGGAGCCCCCUGUAAUGGUACAUAGUAUCCUCAAGGCUGUGCUGCUUUUCUUUUGCCCAGCCUGGGAUGAAUCAGAGGAGAUUCACAGCUGGAAUCAAUGCAAACUGAAACUAAAUAGUGAUUUGAUUCGGAAGAUAUUAUACUUUGACCCCACAGCCCAGUCUGUACAGAUCAACCCGGAGAUCCUGGCUAAGUAUGUUAAAGGUAUUCCCAGAGGCGCAGUCUGGAAACAUGGCUCUAUCCCAGCAGAACACCUCUAUAACUGGGCUUUCACCUGUCUCUCACUUAUGGAGCUUUCUCAGAAAAUGCAGAAGACACACUCCCCGUCCCUGGUCUCACUUCCACCACCCAGCUAACAUAUGAAUAAAAAUAACACAGUGCCUGCGCUACCUGCUUUGUAUGUUUAAUAGUAACUUGUUGCUUGCAUACUCCCAGCGGUAUCCUGUUAGCCGUGGUAAAUAACGCUGACAGGGCUACCCUUUUAGCCCCAAUGCUGUUAUUUAUUGGGGAUUUGGUUUUACCUGCCUCAGGCAGGCGGAACCAAAUCCCCGAUGAGAAUAUUUUUUCCGCAAUAGCUACCCCGUGGACCCUAUGUGUUUUUGCGCAAAUAGGGCUGAUUUGCUGAACAAAAAAAGUGGAGUAAUAAUUGAAUACCCCAAAGUGACCAUCGGGCUUUUAUCGCGAUAAAAGCCUGUUUUGUUUUAAUUUGGCAAAUUACCGCAGCUAAUAGGAUACCCCCGUUGUGUGUUAAUGGUUAUUCUGUUCCACUACAAGACUGUCGGUGUAGGUUCUUCUCCACUCCAUGACCAGACCAAAUGUUCACAUUUAAUAGAGACAUGUUAAUUUCUUUGCAUUAGCAAAUGAAUGUUCCAUUGUUUUGUUGUUUUUUUAUGGAACAAAUUUAAACAUAAACAUAUGUAUUUUAUGGGGUUUAUAUAGAAACAAAAUAGCUAAAAUAAGAAAACAAUACUUUCCCACUAUUCAUCUUAUAGCUCUGUUCUCGAGUUGUAAGGUGUACAGGUGUACAUUUUAGUCUCCCGUGUGAUAUCCCACAACUGGGGAAAAGUGUGGAGGAUCAGUGUUCAGGAAGUAAAAUGGUGGUGUUUGGCCUAAAAUGGUGGGGUUAGGGCAAACUGCUAUCCCUGUAAAUUAGAUCUAAUCUGAACAUCCUGUACAUUGUUAUAGGAGCCCCUGAGGAUCGCACCAGAGUGCAAUAAAACUAUCUUAUAUCUACAGUGUUUACAGUAUGCUCCAUUUACCAUAUCUAGCAAUGCACUGCAAGGCAAUCUGUGAUGACACACUGGGGUUACUGAUAGAGGAACAGACAAUGUAGGUGACUGGAGGAAACUGUUUGGUCAUUGGUUGCUCUAUUGUCAAACACCACAUACUGUAGGAGCAAACACCACAUAGUAGCAAACACCACAUACUGUAGGAGCAAACACCACAUACUGUAGGAGCAAACACCACAUACUGUAGGAUCAAACACCACAUACUGUAGGAACAGACACCACAUACUGUCGCGGCAAACACCACAUACUGUAGGAGCAAAUACCACAUAGGAGCAAACACCACAUACUGUAGGAUCAAACACCACAUACUGUAGGAUCAAACACCACAUACUGUAGGCGCAAAUACCACAUAGGAGUAAACACCACAUACUGUAGGAGCAAAUACCACAUAGGAUCAAACACCACAUACUGUAGGAUCAAACACCACAUACUGUAGGAUCAAACACCACAUACUGUAGGAGCAAAUACCACAUAGGCGUAAACACCGCAUGGGAGCAAACACCACAUACUGUAGGAGCAAACACCACAUACUGUAGGAUCAAACACCACAUAGGAGCAAACACCACAUACUGUAGGAGCAAAUACCACAUACUAUAGGAGAAAAUACCACAUAGGAGUAAACACCGCAUGGGAGCAAACACCACAUACUGUAGGAGCAAACACCACAUACUGUAGGAUCAAACACCACAUAGGAGCAAACACCACAUACUGUAGGCUUAAACACCACAUACUGUAGGAGCAAAUACCACAUAGGAGCAAACACCACUUACUGUAGGAGUAAACACCACAUACUGUAGGAGCAAAUACCACAUACUGUAGGAGCCAAUACCACAUACUGUAGGAACCAAUACCACAUACUGUAGGAACCAAUACCACAUAGGAGCAAACACCACAUACUGUAGACGCAAACACUACAUAGGAGCACAUUCUGUAGGAGCAAACACUACAUAGGAGAAAACACCACAUUGGAGAAUUUGGGCAGAACAUCUGUAAUACACAUUUGACAACCUGACCUGUUGUAGUGCCCUGUUCCAUCUUACCCCUACACAUAUGCUUUGGGUGACAAUGUAGAAAAUUAACCUCUAGCCUAGUGCUGGGAUCUAUGAUUUAUGUUUUAGCUGUUUGUUACAUCUGAUAAAGGUUGGGAACAGAUUUGUUUCACUGAGAUAACAGGGCAAGCUUCUACUGUAUACUGCAAUUUAGUAAUAGCAAAGGAAUUCGGAGUAGUUAAUAAGUACCAGAUUACACUUAAGACGUGUUUAAACUGUCAUAUACAAUGCUGUAUAAAAAGUAAAACCCCAAACACAAGCGCUACUGUACGUUUAAAAAUAUGUUUCUACUAUCUGUUGCUCUAUAUUGUAAAUAUACUCUGUUCUGUCAUGCACUAUAUUGGUCUCCAGGCUCCCUGUUUCAGCAGCUCUGCAGCGAAGCAGUUAAGGUGUUCUGUAUUGAGAGUGACAGAAAGAUUCCAUCUCUGUAAUAACAUAUUCCAAGCAAGAACAUCUUUUUAAUAAAACCAAAAUUUGGGAAAUUA